GAAAAAAAAAAUUGCGAGGAAUAGAAACGAACCGAAACGGGGAAUCAUUGUCUGCGUCUGUAAAUUGUAAAUUGCAUCAUCCCUGAAGCUGAACCUCAAAACCCUAGCUGUCCGCCUGUCUGCAACGGCGUCGUUAUGAUCAGUUGAGAAUCCAAAGGAAUCGAGUCGAAUCAUCUGACCGGCGACAGUUAUGUACAGAGAGCGAGGAGGCGUCGGAUCCAAAUCGGAGGUAACUUCCGUUGAUCGGAAGCGAAUCAACGACGUCCUCGAUAAACAGCUUGAACGUUCCUCGCCUUCCACAUCCAGAGCCGCCGCCAUCAACGGCAAGGACCGCUCCUCCUCUUCCCUCUUAGCCGCCGCCAAGGACUCCCGCUCCGCCUCCGUCACCGCCCCUAUCUCCAAGAAUUCCAACGCUUCCGACGAGGAAUCUGAAACAGACAGCGAGGAGUCUGAUGUUAGUGGCUCCGACGGAGAUGACACAUCGUGGAUCUCGUGGUUCUGCAAUUUGAGAGGAAAUGAAUUCUUCUGCGAGGUUGAUGACGAUUACAUCCAGGACGACUUCAACCUGUGUGGAUUGAGCAGUCAAGUGCCUUACUAUGAUUAUGCUCUGGAUUUGAUUUUGGAUGUUGAAUCGUCCCAUGGUGACAUGUUUACCGAGGAACAGAAUGAGUUAAUUGAAUCAGCAGCCGAGAUGCUUUAUGGUCUGAUUCAUGCCCGGUACAUAUUGACAAGCAAAGGAAUGGCUGCAAUGCUGGACAAGUACAAGAACUAUGAUUUUGGCAGAUGCCCACGAGUUUACUGCUCUGGACAACCUUGUAUUCCAGUUGGUCAGUCAGACAUCCCUAGGUCUAGUACUGUGAAAAUAUACUGCCCUAGGUGUGAAGACAUUUACUAUCCUCGGUCCAAGUAUCAAGGCAACAUUGAUGGAGCUUAUUUUGGAACUACAUUUCCUCAUCUGUUCUUGAUGACUUAUGGACAACUAAAGCCACAGAAACCAUCACAGAGCUAUGUCCCAAGAGUUUUUGGCUUCAAACUUCACAAGCCCUGAAGCUGAAAUUUUAAGCUUCCAUGAAUGUAAGAGUUCACAUGUCUUGGUUAAAAUCUUUCUCAGUAGUCUUUGUGUCAUGCUGCUGAUCAUAAGCUUUCAAAAUGAGUAACAUCUAGAACUAAUGUUCUUGUUUUAGGAGCAUGUUGUAAAGAGAAUUGCAGACGACAUGUCAUGCAAGUGCUUAGUUUCAAUUUCAGCUUGGAAUUCAGUGAGCUUUGAGUUCAAUGAGCAAGUGCUUAGAUACUUAAAUGCACUCUAGGUGCUUAGUGCAAAUUGUAUUCUUGCGGUUAGUUUUACUUACAGUUGUUUAUGUUUGUCUCAGAAUCAGAUACUCUACUAUUUUAUAUUAUUUUAUUCCAUUUGCUCCCCUCCCAUAUUUACACAGCGUUUGAAUUUGUUGGACCUGAAUGGGUUCACAUAUUUAGUAUGAUAUUCAAGACCUCAGUUGUUAUAUAAUGUUAGACCGUUUUGCCCAAA